ACUGCUUCAUCUCCCGCAGCCAUGCCGGCCUGGACUUGGAACGCACCCAAAGCCAAGGUGCAGCUUCGUCUCUCCGUGCAGCGUUUGCGCACCCUGCAACAGAAGAAGGAAGCUCAAGCCAAAGCUAGUCGCCGAGACAUCGCUUCGCUGAUCGAGCGUGGCAAGAUUGAGACCGCCCGUAUCAAAGCUGAGACCAUCAUCAACGAAGAUAUCCAUAUUGAACUUCUGAACUGCUGGAGCUCUAUUCAGAACUUCUGCUGGCUCGUUUCGGUCUCCUAGACCAGAACACAAGAGAACCCGAUCCUGGGAUUUCAGAAGGGGUCUGUUCCAUCAUCUAUGCAGCACCGAGAACGGAGUUGAAAGAACUGCACAUUCUGCGGGAGAUCCUCAUGCACAAGUAUGGCCGGGAAUAUUCCGUUGCAGUGAUGGAAAACAGGGACAACUGUGUCAGCGAACGGAUUGUUCGCAAACUCGGAGUGGGGACUCCGCCAAAUGAUCUCGUAGACGCGUAUCUGACUGAAAUCGCGCGAGGCUACGGCGUCGAAUGGACUCCGCCGGCCCCGGCUUAUGUCGAAACCGCGCCACAAGAUGUCGCACAUGGUGAUGCAGCCGAAAACUCCGAUAUUGAGGAAGAGAGCACGAAAGUCGACAACUCCUCGACAGGGAAUCUGAAGGACAAGCUGGAGAAGAAAGUCGCAGAGGACUCGGCCUCGCAGAAGCCGCCGUCGUUGCCGUCGCUGCCGUCACAAUCAAAGUCGGCUGCCUCUGUUAACGAGGAUGACUUCGAUGCGCUAGCCAGACGAUUUGCUGAACUGAAGAAACGGUGAAGAGAAGUCGGGCCCUGUGUACGCUUUGGCACAUUGUAGCAUGCAGUCAAUCGCUUGGAAAGGCAAUUUGCCGAGAAUGUCGAUCAGCAAGCUCCGUCUUGGCGACUGGAGCAGCGAGCAACCAUCCGCUUCGGCAGGCAACUGACAUUCAGCACACACUCAAAGCAAGGUGAAGGAUGAUGGAUCCAGUGAUGCAGCUGGUACAUGGCAUGGCAUUCAAACCGUUACCAGAGCCGAGGGCAACAUUCGACUGCCGGUGAACUCUGUCCUCUUGUUUGCUACCAUCCUUGCAAAAGAGACACCCGAAAAGAUACGUGCCAGACGAAGGAAGUCACAAGCGUGAGGUCGGCGGUGCCAGUGUACAUAUCUCCGCACUUCCUAGAAACGUGGUCGCUUCCGGAUCACCAGCCAGCAGCAAGUUUGAUCGCACGUCCAGCCGCCGAAAGCCGACGGGUCCGAGGAGCCCGGUAUUUCCACACCAAGUGUGAAUUUGAGAGGGUUAUUUUUGUAUGAUAUAAUACAACGUACUUGUGCGAAUUCUGGACCCACUCACACCCACUCAUGUCCAAUACACCGUCGAGCGAGCGAAAUCCGAGCCAAAACAUGACCCUGAUCCAUAGAUCCAAAUACGGAACAAACAAUAACCUCCGUAGCGUUUGUUCGUUUGUUCCGUUUCUGCGGCUCGGCAAACCGCCAACUUCCGCCGCCUCUACUUACACGGUUUGCGCGGGUGGACACCUUAUUAUGCUCUUGGCCUACCAUCCAUAUUCCAACGCCCAAGUUUCCUCUGUCCGCCUCCUGCCUUUCCAUGCCCAGCUGGACCGCCGAGUACGACAGCGAUAACGACUCUGAGUCCCUUGCGUCGCAUCCGCCCUUCAGCUCAGGCCCGAGCGCACGCAAUACCGAAACAUCCUAUGAUGCCUCCUCCAUGCGCUCCGCGUCUCCGACGCCCUCCGUGUGGUCCAUGUCGAGCUCGAUGCGCGCCAACGCGUUCAAGCAGGCGUACGGUCGCGAGCUCAACAACUAUUCCGAAAUAUAUCGACUCCCCGCCGACGACGAGGAGCUUGACCGACUGAACAAGCAGCACGAGAUGUUCAAAGACAUCAUUGGGAAAUAUCCUCCCGGACUGGUGGAGACGAUGCAAGACGAUGCGUCCGGGGAACGGAAAGCGGGUCUGGAUCUGGGAUGUGGGAGCGGUGCUUGGAUAAUGGAGUUCGCACGAGACUUUCCUCACUGUCAAGCCGUCGCCGUCGACUUGGUCCCCAUGCAAUCAGUAACGAUGCCUGAUAACUGCAGGAGCGAGGUCGACGACAUCAAUCUCGGUUUGGAACACUUCUACGGCGACUUCAAUAUCGUUCAGGCUCGCCUGAUCUCUUCUGGGAUUAGGGAUUACCGCCGAUUGAUCGACCAAGUCGCUCACUGCAUCCGACCCGGCGGUUUCCUAGACAUGAUGGAAUUUGAUUUCCAUGUGUACGAGCCACUUCCGGACGGGACCAAGCGACGGCUGGAUCUGGACACCGAAACCAUCGCUGGGCCCUGGGUCGCGCGGUGGUUUGUUUUCGCAUCGGUCGCUGUGGAGAAGGCCGGGGGGCGAUCCGAUGCAGCGACCCAUCUGCACGAGUGGAUCUCCACGCACCCGGCGUUCGAGCAAGUCACCUACGCCGACGUCUGGCUCCCCAUCUCUCCGCGCCCCGAUAUGGACUCGUUCCAGAAACGGGUGGGGAUGCAGAUGCGCGAGGAUGUCCUGUCUUUCUUCAAGUCGGGGCGCCCGCUGCUCCUGGGGAGCGGGGUGCCCGAGAACAUCGUCGACGAACUGCAGGUGAAUGCCGAGCGCGAGAUUCGACGCUCCACGAACACGCAUCUUCUUCGCUGCCAACACGUUCGCGCACGCAAAGUUGUGCGCCGACCAUCGUAAUUGUGGCUGGAGAUCCACACGCUUUCUUGCUUACGUCUAUGUUUUCCCAUCCUCUCUCUGGCAUAUCCAUACACUCCAUGCAUAAUUGUUUGGGCAUGUACUACUGCAGCUAUUUUUGAAACACACAACCACGCCUAUGUAUG